AUGAAAGGAACAGAGGAGGAGAUUAAGCAAAAGCACCAAGACGGGGAGGGAAAAGAAUGUGAGAAAGUCGAAGAAAAAGUCGAAGAGAAAGUUAAGGAAAAGAAGAAGAAAGACAAGGAAAGCAAGGAAAAAGGUGAAGGUGAUAAUAAUCAUGAACACAGCAAAGAAAAGGGUGGUGGAAAAGAGAAGAAGAAAAAGAACCCUGAAGAUAAGAAGGAUCCAUCAAAACUUAAGCUCAAGCUCGAAAAAAUCGACACUAAGAUGCGCGAUCUGGCGGCUAAGAGAGAGGAGAUCCUGAAAUCCAUUGAAGAAGCUGAAAAGAAUGCAGUUGCUAACCCAAACAAGGAAGAUGAUCCUGAUCUCAAACAAGACUAA